AUGCCAACUCCAAAUAGUGUGAUUGGCAUCAAUAGCGCAGCCCCUGUCGGUGCCAUGAAGGUAGCAGAAGACACAGACGGGUCCAACGAGAGCGACAGUCCCAGUGCUACUAGUCAGACCAUGGAGGUUUCCUUCUUUGACGCCAUACCAGUAGCCGCCAACACUAUGGACAACAAGUCGUGGAAGGAGGAAGCUCCUCCUCUUCAGUGUGCCGUUACAUCAUCUGUUGUCGCAGUGCCUUCACUGCGAAUGCUCGAUCGGGUAGAACUCAAAGAGAUACCAGCGGCACUGCCCGCUUCUCAGAACGAACGUGCCACCAGCGUUGGAAGCACCCAGUCCCAGCAAACCGCGGCAGAGCUCGAUUGGAGCUUUUUAAAGAAGGGCCGACUGUAUGGUCGAGAUGCCGAGAUGGAACAGCUCCAGCAGGCAUUCCACCGACGGCUCGAUUUGGCCGAGGCAGCAGAGGAGAACAGCUCGAGUGCUCAUGGUUCCUUUGUCAGUUUUAAUACUGGCAGCAGUACGGGCACCCUCACGGGCAUUGGCACCAGCAACAUGGGCCCCGAGUUGGUUCUGGUAUCGGGCAAGAGUGGUACUGGAAAGACAGUCCUCGUCAAACAGGCUCUCCAAAAGCUGGUGGUGGAAGAGCACGAUGGGCACUUUGUACUGGGAAAGUUUGAUCAGCUACAAACUCCAGAACCCUACGGGCCCUUUGUGGCCGCAUUUACCCAGCUAUUGAUUGUCCUGGAGCAAUCCUACUUUCAAAACAUGGAUGGGCUACGGAACCGAAUUCUACACAGGGUGGGGAUGGACGCCUGUCGCGUUCUUUGCUGUCUCGUGCCGGCCCUGGGCCGACUGUUGGGGAUACAGCAAGACAAAUCCACCAGCAACGUCGUCUUGAGUACACAGCAAGAGCGGCUCAAAGUGGCACUCAAAAAAUUCUUUCAAGCAAUCUGCUCUUCCAGUGUGCCUCUUGUGUUGACGCUGGAUGAUCUGCAGUGGGCAGACUCGGGGUCCUUGUCGCUACUGGAAACAUUGGUGUCCGAGUCCAUUCCUGGCUUGGUCGUUGUAGGGAUAUGUAGAGACAACGAAGUACCAUGGCAUCAUUCCUUUGCGGGCAUGUUGCGGAGAUUGGAAGAUGACAAGGGGGCGCGCAUUGUGCACAUUGAAGUGGUGAAUCUACACAUGGAAGCGACCAACGAAUUGCUCGCGGAUAUGCUACAUCAACCGCAAGAUGCCUGCCAACCUUUGGCACAAGUCAUCCAUUCCAAGAGUGAGGGCAACGUGCUGUUUAUACUGCAAGUGCUCAAGACUCUCUUUGCCGAAGAAGUUUUAGUCAAACAACGAAUUGACACGCAGCGCCGACGGCCGGGAUCCGAGCGACAAUACCAAUGGCUAUGGCAUCAAGAUCAGUGGGAUGAGUCCUUUGCCAACCUGGACAUUGUCGAGCUGGUAUCGUAUCAAAUCAGACAUCUGCCAGACUCUUGUCAACGACUGUUGCAGACAGCGGCGUGUAUCGGAGCCGAGUUUGACUUGUCGACCUUGACCAAGCUCUUGGACAAUAGCAGCGACGACAUGAGCAGCACAAGCAACAGUAGCACUGACGACAGCAUUCGGCAAGUCCUUGCGAUUGCACUGGAGGAACAAAUGAUUGUGCAACAGAUGCAUCGGCCAAACAAGUAUGCCUUUAGUCAUGACCGCAUCCAGCAAAGUGCCUACUUUUUGAUCCCAGAGCAAGAACGACCCAUGGCGCAUCUUGCCGUGGGUAGAUCACUCUUGCAGACUUUUACAGAGGAAGAGUUGCAGGAGAACUUGUUCCUAGUGGUGAACCAACUCGUCUGGGGCAUUCCAUUGUUGACCACCGAAGUGGAUAAGAAUGGAUUGGCUGAGCUGUGCCUCCGUGCUGGACAAAAGGCAUCCGGGGCAAGUGACUUUGAAACGGCGUUGAAGUACUUUCGAACGGGCAGCGAACUUCUAGCCAAUCGUCACUGGCGCGAUGAGUAUCAUUUGAGCCUGGAUCUCUUCAACCGACUCGCUGAAGCACAAUCGGCUUGUAGGGAUAUCGAAGGAAUGAACCGCACGCUCGACGAAAUCCUGGAACACUGCCGCUCAUCAAACGACAAGGUGACACCCCACUUGACUAGAAUGUUCUCCCUCGGGUCACGGUCCAUGUUUCAGGAAGCUAUCGAUAUCGGCUUCCACGUUUUGGACAGUCUCGGCGAACGCAUGCCCUCCAAGCCUCGGCUGAUCUAUCUAAUUGCAGACCUUGUAAAGGUCAAGGGCCGUCUCAAGGGGAAAACCGACAAAGACAUCAUGGACCUCCCCAUGAUGGACCUGGAUUAUAAAAACAAGGGGGUUGCCAUUUCGGUUUUGAACAUGCUGUGUCUCUACGCCUUCUGCGCGAGACAGGACUACUACGGGCUCCUCAUUCUUCGAAUGGUAAAGUUGACAUUGAAGUACGGUCUUUGCAGGGAGUCGUCCUAUGCCUUUGCGUGCUACGGAAUGGUACUUUGUGCGCUUGGGGAAUUCGACGAUGCUUACAGGUAUGCACAGCUCAGCCUUCAGCUGCUUGAGCAAGAUAAAUCCAUGGGCGGCGGGUUGCAUCCGCGCGUAAACUUUGUUGUCUACGCCGCCAUUGCCCCUUGGAAACAGCCGUUACGCUCUACAUUGGACGCAAUUCGUGGUACCAUUGCGAGUGCCAUGGAUACUUGCGAUCACGAAUGCUUUGUGUACUCCGCAUACACCCUUGGCAUUCAAGUGUACCUUUCCGGUGAAAACCUGGCCGCAACAGAGGAAGAAUUGAAUCAGCACAUGGAGAUCAUGGCCCACUUCAAACAGGGUCCCUGGCUAUUGUUGGCGUCUAUGCUGAGAACGGUACUGCGCAAUUGGCAAGGCAAAUCUGAAGACCCGCUUGCCCUCGAGUUUGCAUCAGACAUGCAAGACAGCAGCAACAAGUUCGACUUUCAGCUUCAAGUGAGCACACUGAACGCUCAUCGAUUGUGUCUCUCGUAUCACUUCGGAGACAUUGACAGUGCCUUGGCGACCGCCAAAAUUGUUCGUAGUUUCGAGAAGGACACGAAAUUUACGUUCUUUGGGACAAACAUGUACCUGUACGACGGCUUGACGUCCCUGGAAGCAGCCUGCUGCCGAGGUAAAAAGCGAAAACGCCUUGCUCAUGCCAAGAGUGUCCUCAAGAAGCUCGAAACCCUGUCGAACCACUGCCCAGAAAACCUUCUCCCACAUGUCUACCUGUUGCGCGGAGAAGUGCAAGCAGUAAAAGGCAACCUAUUGAAUGCGAUUGAUUUGCUCAAGAAAGCGAGUGAUUAUGCAGCUUCGGAACACAAUCUGCAACUUCAGGCCCUUGCCAAUGAGCGUGCUGCUAUUGCGUAUCAACGAAUUGGUGGUGAUAGUGAAUCUGCAGUGGGUGCAGCGAGUGCUCUGUUGGAACGGGCUAUCACGCUCUACGAUGAAUGGGGUGCAGCCGCUGUCGUGGUCCAUCUGAAGGAAAAACACGGGUUGCAAUAA